UUUUUUCCCGAGAAAUUAAGAAAUUUUUAGUGUACAUCUAACAAUGGAUCACCAAGAUGAGAACGUCAUCUGUUGGGGGGAGAUAGUUAUGUUUAUCUUAUCUGAAAGAAAUUACUAUCUUACUGAGGAGGAAAUUGUAAGGGAAUGUGCCGAUUUAUUAGCAAAAUGUGUGAAUGAAGUGCUUGAUAAAGUUAGAGAGGCUGUGUCCACCGGUAUCCAGCUAGGAUACAUUAAAAUGAAAAACUUGGAUAUGAAUCCUUGCUGCAGUAAAGAUGCUUUAAUGCCGUCCUACACAAUCAUGGACUUUGACGAAAAAAACAUUCAAUUCAAGCUCUAUGAAAAUGAAGAAAUUGGAAGCGAUGAACUGGAUUCAGAUAUUUUUGAAUGCAGUUCUAGUGGCAGUCUGGAGUAACAAGUGGUACCCUGCUAAGAACAUGAUUCCUUUUAAAAAAGUUCGACAAUUUUUAGGGUGGACUAUAUAAACUGUUUCUAAAAAUAAUAACCAAGAGGGAUAUAUGAACAUACAUGUGUUUAUACAUUUUCAUGCAUUUAUAAUAUUUUCUAGUUAUAUAAUUUUACUGGAUUUUAUGCCUCGCAACCACUAUUGAAAUCAUGUUCAUUCGUUUUAAUAAUCUGUUGGUGCUUGAGGGAACUGAUCAUCAGUAAUCAAAUACUAAUAUUGUUAAUUGUAAUGAACUCAAGAAGAAAUCUUCAUAUUGUGUCAAUAUGAAACACCUAUAACUGAAUUUUUACUCCAACCACAAUAAAAAGUAUCUGUUGGCAGUUUCUGCUAAUAUGACAUGUCUAUA